UCCGCCUUCCCCCUCCCCAAAAAACACAACUCCAUACCGCUGAACCCACCUCAGAUGUGCUGCUAGUUUGACCGAAAGCGAUGUGUUUUUUCCCCUCCCAAAAAAAACAAAAACAAAACAGAGGCGUCAAACUUUAAAAAGCUAGCCGGGCAGGAGUUGCUGCUGCACCGGAGAAGUUUUUCCUUUUUGCCCCCCAGUUUUCUGGCCCCGUGGCGGGGCAGGACAGCCAGAGUAGGCCGGGGGAGGGAAACAAGGCGACCAUAUGAUGUGGAUCUGGUACCUCCUGCUUGGUUCGGGAUCCGGCUCAAGAACUGUUGAGAGCCAACUGCUUCCAGGGAACAACUUCACCAGUGAGUGCAACAUCCCUGGAAACUUCAUGUGCGGAGAUGGGAAGUGUGUCCCAGGCGGGUGGCAGUGUAACGGAUUACCCGACUGCUUCGACAAGAGCGACGAGAAAGGCUGUCCUAAGGUCAAGUCGAAGUGUGCGCCGACGUUCUUCGCCUGCGCUAACGGCGUCCACUGCAUCAUCGGACGCUUCCGCUGCAACGGCUUCAGCGACUGUCCUGACGGGAGCGACGAGGAGAACUGCAGUAACCCGUUGGUGUGCUCCGAGGCUCGCUUCAAGUGUCGAAACGGCCGCUGUGUCGACCGCAGCUUCCUGUGUAACGGCCAGGACAACUGUCAGGACAACAGCGAUGAGGAGCUUUGCUUGACUACAGCAGAAGCUCCCGGCCAGGACUUUGUGACACUGGACUAUCGCCUGCGAUACUACCCCAGUAUCACCUACGCCGUCAUCGGCAGUGCCGUUAUCUUCGUCCUGGUGGUGGCCCUGCUGGCCUUGGUCCUCCAUCAUCAGAGGAAACGGAGCGUUCUGCUGCCCAGAGGUGUAAGAGGGAGCUCACAUCACCACCAUCACCACCAGCCCCUGCUGCUGUCCCGUCUGGUAAUCUUGGAUCGGGGCCACGUACAUCCUGGAGGCCCCUCCUCUGGAUCCUCCACCGCAGCAGGACAGUAUAGCUCAACUCCUCAAGCACUCCAGCUGCUGUCUGGUACCCUUUAUCCCUCCGGACUCUCCAUGGACUCACCUCCAUCGUACUCACAAGCUGUUCUUGAUGUCAGUCGACCACCCUGGUUUGAUCUUCCUCCUCCUCCUUACCUCCCGGAUGGAGAGCUUCCUUCAGAGGGUGAGCUUCCUCAGUACGAGGGCCCACAGGACCCUCUGACUCACCCCACAGCUCAUCCCUCUGCACCCUCCACACCCAGAACUGCGUCCUCGGGCUCACAGCCGAGUUGCAGCUCCAGGGAGGAGUCGGACCAGCUGUAGCCACUCUCUUGUAGACUGAUGAUACUUAGACUCAGAGACUGCAGGAUUAAAGGACCAGGCUGGGAGGCUGUACGAGGCCAGAACAGCCCACAACAAAGACCUGCUUGAGGAGAUUCAACAAGGACUGAGGGACUGAACAGUGUCCUCGACUUGCUGAAACACAUCAGCUGACUGAAGCACUGGACUGAGAUGAGCUCUUCCUGGGGGACUGAGCUUGAGUGUUGGCUCCCCCUGCUGGGAUCAUGGCUGUACUGCAGCUUAAUCAUUCACAAAGUCAUUGAUUCAUUUCUCAUUCAUUGAAUUCAUUUAAAUCAUGUUCCUCCUUGAAGAAAUGCUGCGUAUGACACCUAUCAGUGACCACAACCUGCAUCUCCAAAGAGUUUGUAUGCCAUUCAAUAACGUAUUCAUCAACAUGAAAUGUUGUAAUAUAAGUGACGUUCUUAUGUAUCUGACACACUUUUGCAGCACUAGGAGAACUUAGUCAUUUUGUAAUACUCCCCACUGUACUUUAAAUUUCAAAAAAUGACACAAUUUUCUACAAUUUUUUGAGAUUUUUAUUUAGCUUAAAUAAUAGAUCAAAUUUGAACUUUUGAUUACAGCUAUGGGAUUUUUAAGAAUAUAGCAAAAAAAAAAGUUUUUUAAAAAGCAGCUCAAUCAGAGGUCAUUUUCAGCUGUUUUCAGUAUUGAUGUGAAAUAAUAACUAAUAUGGCUAGUCAAAAGUAGCAUUUUGCAACUUCUUUAAUAGAGCUUUAAACUAGAGGCAUUUCUAAAACAUCAGCUGAUCUUGUUACCUUUCUUUUUUUCGAUGUUUUUCACAAUAUUUCUUGUCAUUUGGUUAAAUUCCAGCUGAAAAUGUGAAGAGGACCAUUCAGAUUUUGUGAGGAAUAUAUCUUUAGUGUCAUAAAUCAUUCCUCUGAGUAAAAUAACCACCUUUGUUGGCAAUUGUUACUACAUAUCUGUCAGACGACCAAUAAUUUGUGUAUGUUAAGGCAUAAAAGCAAGUACAAAGGAUUGUGCUGAGGCCUUUUUCUGUUCUCGUGCCUUUGUAUGUGGUGUGAGAUCAACCAUAAGUUCACAGCCUUUAAGAAUAUUCUGUCUUUUAAAGUUCAAAUUGAUGUGUAUAACUAUGGCUGUGUCGUUCAGAAAAACAAUCACCCACAGUAGUAUUAGACGAUGACUGAUGAGCUGCAUAUCUGAAGGAUCUGUGUCUGUUUGUUCAUUUCAAAGUGGUUUGUUCAACACUGUACAUAGGAGAUAGCAAAAGAAAAUACAUCUAUUUAAAGUAGAAAGUUAUGCAGAGUUGAUAGUGAGAGAUGAAUGUGUAAUGAUAAAAUGUAGAUGCAGGCACAAGAAAAACAAUCAAACCAAAGAUAAUCAUUAUUAACCUUUUCCCCAACAGAUAUUAUCCCACACCCCCAAAUGACAAACUAUGUGUUUGUUCAUUUAUUAUAUUAAAAUAUGCAAAGGUUUAUAGAGUAAGACUGAUUUCAUGUUAUUUGCUGUAAAACUGGAAAACAUUUCUCAGGAUGAAAUGAUACUAGUCUGUUGUUUUUUUUAAGAAACUCUUCAAUUCAAGUUCCAUUUUUUGGUUUCUCAUUUGUUGUCAUACGUCUAGCUAUUUGCAUAGUUGUGAAGUUGCCCGCAAUGAUCUUUUUAUCCCCUGUAUUCUGUACAUUUGAAGUAAUAUAAAUUCCUGACUCAGA